AUGGCGAACCUUCUCGAUGUUUUGCUGUCUAUUUACAGUCAGCUUUUAGCUCUGCAGAGUCAGAUCCAGACUGCAACUGUAAAAUCUUCGACCACAACAGCCAAGGUUCCAUCAGCUACUAGCGCUAAGAUUACCAGCUCGACAUCAAAGCUGGUUAGCACUUCUGCAACAGCUAAAGCUUCGGUAUCAAGCGUUCGGUCUACCGUCCCAGCUUCCAGUGUUCGUUCUACCACGACUACCGCCAAAGCAACCUCCACAAGUUCAAAGGCUGCAUCCAGCGCCGCCAGUUCCAAGGCUCCAUCUUCCUCAAUUGCUAUUCCCUCCGCUCAAAUUUCUUCAGCUAUAAAUAUUGAUUCUGUUUUAUCGUCUAUUGCUUCUGUCAUUUCAACCUCGGUUCUUCCUGUCGCCUCUACUGCACUUCCAUCUGUUGAGAUACAAAACCCCUUGUCUUCAUCAGUGGGGCCGGGACCGUCUGCCCCGUCUGCAGAUACAUCAUCCCUAAGCUCAACCUCUACUGCUGCAGCUCCUUCUGCCACAUAUACAUUGCUCAACAAUGUACUUAUUUUGGCACCUGACCAAUCAACUGCUGCGUUGACUGAACAGCCACUCGAUGGGUAUGGCAUGGCCUGGGAUACUUUUAUCGUACCGAAAGAAGGGAUCGAACUACCGGCUUUGACUUCAAACAACAGCAAUGGAACAAUCACUUGCAAGUAUAAUAUAAUUGCGAUGCACUCGCAGUUGUCUUAUGACUAUGGUGAUCUCGGCUGGAGAAGUGCCCUGACGCAAGAUCAGAUGAACCAAAUUUAUGCCUAUCAGGUAUCUUGCAACGUCCGAAUGGUCCACUUUAACAUCUGGCCGGGCAACUACGCCUUUGGUGCUGAUGCUAUCGGAGGGUGCUGUGAUGCUGCGGACGUACAAGAUGUCACUGUCAUCAAGGAAGUUGCAGACGCACGUUUCCCAUCUGCCGGGCUCAAUUCUGUUCCUCUCCCGCUUAAUGGAUUAUACCACGUUCCAUCGAAAAUCACUGAUACCAACCUUACUCAAACCACUGCAUUCCUUGAAUUUGGCCCUAAUCUGCAGUAUGCCGAAACCACUGUCGGUGGCGUUAUUAACACAUUCCCCGAUGGGAGAUCUCAAAUGGCGUUCUUCUGCAGUUUUGGAACCUGGAGUCCAACCAGUGCGUACCUAAAUCAUAUUUGGAUUCACUGGGCGACUCAUGGUCUCUACGAUGGGUAUAGGCGUGCUUUAUUGAGCACCCAAAUCGAUGAUGUUCUAUUGGGUACUGAAGCCUGGGAUACUGGUAUAACUUAUCGCACCACAGUCACGGACAUGAUAGUUCAUGCUGAUUGGGUCAACGAUGUCAAUACCCGCCUUGCAAAGACCAAUCCAGGCUCUCAUUAUAUGGUGGAGCUUGGAUUGAACGGAAACGGUAAUGUUCUUCAGUCCUAUGAUCAACAACUACUGAAGACAUCUCUCAAGGGCACUUGCCAGGAUCCAAUCUGGUAUGCAAAGGAUCCUGAUACUACCCCUCUCGAAUUUCAAAAGGUUUUGGGUACUGGUACGGACAGUUGGCCUACCGAUAUCACCGAAUUUUCUCUCUACACUUUAACUUGCCUCAAGCUUGAUCCCUUGUCCGUAUGGCUCUGGAGUACAGUUCCCGCACGGACUGCGUACUACUUUGUCAGCCAUACAUUUACCCACCUGAGCUUGAACAAUGCAACUUACAACGAUACUUAUCGUGAGAUCAAUUGGAACUUGAAGUAUUUCAAGGCCACUGGUCUUGAUGUCAAUACUCAAAUCAGUCAAGGCGGUCUCAUUCCCCCAGCUAUCACGGGUAUGCAUAACGGAGACGCUUUGCGAGCCAUGAUGGAUAAUGGCGUUUGGAAUGCUGUUGGUGAUAAUACUCGGCCUCCUUUAAGGAACCAGGACAGUGUGUAUUGGCCAUUGUUUACCACUGUCGCAAAUAAUGGCUAUGACGGCUUCCAAAUCACUCCCCGAUUUGCAACUCGAAUCUACUUCAAUUGCGAUACUUCCGAUUGUACUGUCGCCGAGUGGGUCGCAACAUCGACGGCAAAGGGCGACAUCAAUGACCUCCUCGAUGUUGAGCAAGAGACUACUAUUAACUCACUUCUUAACUUGAUGCAUGACCCUUACAUGUUCCACCAAGCCAACAUGAGGACUAACAUCACCAACUUGGUCAACAUCCCCGGCACUUCAUUAACGUCCAAGUUCUCCUUACUUCAAAUGUGGACUGAAACCCAAAUCGCCGAAUUCCAGCGUCUGGUAACUUGGCCGCUACUAACCUACAAACAUGAUGACAUCGCUACUGCCUUCAAGAACCGUUACCAGCGAGAUCUCUGCUAUGCUCAGGUUAGUCAAGGUGUUAGCGAGGGUAAGGUUGUUAGUAUCACGGUUUCCACACCUAAUAAUACCUGCCCAGUUGAAAUUGCAGUUACAGUUCCUGGUGGUGUUAAGGAGACUGGAAGCAACAUCCGUGUUGAAAAGAUUGGAAACGAUUUGCCUACUGUUUGGUUGAAGCUAAAUGGGCAACCGAUUACACUUACCCUCAAUACGCCGCUUGCUAUCGGUGGGCUAUAA